AGGUGUUCCUGGUGUAAAACCAGAACGUUUAGAAGAAGGAAUGACAGUGAGACAUUGUGCCUUAUCUCUUGUUGGUACUGUACUUAUUUACUCGUAGUAUAGGAAGGAGAGCUAUUACAACGCAGGCUAUAUAAAAAUUAGCGUGUUUGUCUCAAAUAAAGCGCGAAAUUUUAUCCGGAACUAAAGAUUUUAGUAUUUUGUCCAUUUUUGGCCAUCGUACUCUUUUUGACCACUGUGAGCAAUAAGGAAGACCAGUUUUAAAGCACGAAAAAUAUUCACCGGGUUGUAAUUUCAUAUUUGCUGAAUGCAAGUUCUCUGCGUCUUAUGAGCAGUGGUUCCGAGCACUUGCAAGCAAACCCAUAAACAUGGGUUAUUUUUAUUAUAUUUUUUCUCAUCGGUUUUCAAAAAACAAAGCAUCCCACAGAAAUAUCCAAUAGUUUAGGUUCCACAAUCCCAAUGUCUACAUUAUGUCAAUCUGUCAUCAGACAGCACUGUAUAUAAUUACUAAUACAUUCCAACUAUGUAUAAUUACUAACUUUUAAAUCAAUUAUCAGCAUGUAAGACAACCAUGUAUAAUUACAAACUUUGAACACUUUACAAAUAUUUCAUUUAGGUGAGCCCAUUAUGUAUCCAAAAAUCAACGAUCUUGUCAGAUUGCUUCACAGUCGUGGCAUCUCGACAUUCCUGGUGACUAAUGCACAGUUUCCAGAUGCUAUCAAGUAUGUGCAGAAAAAACCUGUCAAACCUAUAUAUGUCCUAUAUUACAGUUUACUGUUGCCCUUAUACGUGUUCUAAGUACACUUAACGUGACGAGAGAGAUUUGAACAAGUCUGGGUUGCCCUCUAUGUUAUUCAAAUGGGUCUGAAAUAUCUACCUAAUGAUCGAACAAUUCCGAUUCGGAAAAAAUUUGAAAAUUAAUUUUGUAGAGUUGAGUUCCAAUAAUUAUUUUCAGUUACGUAGACCUACCCAAUUUACAUUUUUUGACAAUUUACAUGCCUAUAGUUACCAUUGUUUUGAUGAUGUAAGCAUAGAAUGGAACAAACUUGAUCGAGCAUUUUAGUUAUAUAUUUGAGUGGGACAGACGUAGAUACGCGUUAGCUGAUCAAGUUUAUGAUUGCCAGUUUAAGUUUUAAUCGGAGUUUAUAGACAUGAUGUGGACUAAUGCAUGUAUCCUAUACAGUCCGCUCUGCAGUUAUUCAAUUAUUGCUAACAUAUUUUAGAAAUCUGCUUCCAGUAACACAACUGUAUGUAAGUGUUGAUGCCAGUACGAAAGAAAGCUUAAAGAAAAUUGAUAGACCACUUUUCAGAGAUUUUUGGCCAAGAUUUUUACACAGUUUAGAGGCACUGGAAAACAAGGUACUAUAAGAUAUAUAAAUUGAAGAUAGCCUUGUUUUAUUCGGCCUCAGGUCAAUGCUGGACUCCCACUUCAAUCAAGUUAUGCUAAAAUAUCAUACUAUAUUCCAGGGUCAAAGGACAGUUUAUCGACUCACUUUAGUGAAAGGCUGGAAUGUUGAGGAGAUAAAAGCAUAUUCUGAACUCGUGGCCCUCGGGAAGCCAGAUUUUAUUGAAGUGAAGGUAACUCUGGAAUAAAAUGUUUCCAAUAUUGUCGCAACUCUUCUUAUGGGCACAUUCCUAAUAAUGACUGCAUGACUCCUCUCUAAUACCGAUACCUCUCUAAUGCAGACAUCUCACUAAUAUAGACACCUUUCUAAUACACUCACCUCUCUAAUACAGUCACCUCUCUAAUACAGUCACCUCUCUAAUACAGACACCUCUCUAAUAGUCCUAAUACAGUCACCUCUCUAAUACAGACACUUCUCUAAUACAGACACCUCUCCUCUCACUUUCAUAACACAGACACCUCUCCAAUACGGAAACGACGAACAUCUCUCUAAUAUAGACACUUUACCAUGCCCCUUCAGUGUCUAUAUUAGAUACUUCCAACUGUACUAAUGUGUUGAAAGUAUUUGUAAAUUUUUGAAUGUUUUGAUUCAGGGAGUGACAUUCUGUGGUGAUUCCAAAGCAUCCUCACUCACAAUGAAGAACGUUCCUUGGCAUGAAGAGGUAGGCUCAUCAUGAAACGAAGUACUUAGUCCUGGUUGUAAUUUCGCUUCAUUCACAUGAAAAACGUUUCGAGUUUGACUCUGCCAGAUACCACUGGUUUUCUCCGGCCAGCCCGGAUCCCUGCUGUAGUAAUACUAGACAUACAAAGAAAAGCGCUUACUGAGCAUUGAGGAAGAACAGUUUAGAACUGAUAUAGCUGUUAUUCGUUCCAGAAACGAGGUUGUCGCUAUUGCAGCUUAUAUUUUAAUUUUUUUACAGGUUAUUGGUUUUGUAAAACAACUGAUAGAUGCAUUGCCAGAAUAUGAUAUCGCCUGUGAACACGAACAUUCUAAUUGCAUUCUAAUUGCAAAUAAAAAGGUAUCUAAAUGUUCUGCAAUUCUUUGGACCAAUAUGCCACAAAUGAGAAUCUUGUAAGUAUAAUCCGCAUUUAUCUGAUUUUCAGUUUAAGGUAAAUGGCAGAUGGUUUACAUGGAUCGACUAUACGAAAUUUCAUUCAUUGGUAAUUUUCAUUUUGUGUCUCUUGAAUCCAUUUAGAUAGAAUGCUCGUACAUUUUCAUUUCUUUGUUGACCAGACAAGUGUUCUCGCAAAGGGAACCCUCAAGGGUGAAUGUGUUAUAGCGCUACUGCCCUCAAAUAUGACUUUUUGUACGUAUAAUAUUUGUGUCAUUCUAAAAACGAAGACGAGAGUUGAUGAGGGUUGCAACUGUCGCUCCCGUUUGAUCGCCCUACUCUCGUCGACUCUCACGCAUUCUCGUCGAGUUUCACCAACUUUGGUUUAAAUUUUGAUGGGAGUUUUCGCCACGCGCCCGAAAUGCUUGAUUUUAGUGUUGUGAAAUGUGAUUUGUUCUACAGCCGUGAGGCGUGAUUGUUGAUAAAAACAAGGACAAGGUUCCUGGCGCUGAGGACAAGGUUCCUGGCGCUGAGGACAAGGUUCCUGGCGCUGAGGACAAGGUUCCUGGCGCUGAGGACAAGGUUCCUGGCGCUGAAGACAAGGUUCCUGGCGCUGAGGACAAGGUUCCUGAUUUGGGCCGAAAGUGAUUAUGGAAUGGGCCGAAUGAAGUGAUGGAUUUUGUUCUUCCUGCCAAGAUCAAAAUUUAGUCUAUAGCCUAAAUAGGAUCAUCCAUGAUUGCAUUUCUGAGGUCAUACCUAAAACAAUUCCCUUUAGGGUUCUUUUGUUUUUUGGCUAAAAUUAAUCGAAUGGCAUCAUCGAGUUAAAACAUAACCUUAUUUUACAGAUGAAGAAGUUCGAGGAAUCAAACGGUGAAGCGACCUUCACAUCCUUGGACUAUAUGGAGGAGACGCCAUCUUGGUCGGUAUUUGGUGACACUCAUCGAGGAUUUGAUCCGAAUGAGACAAGAUGGAUGAGAAAAGGGAAAAGGAAAGACCUUUCUGGAUGUUAGGGAAGUAUUUUGUGAAAGAAACUUGCAGGCAAAGAUCUCUGCGGAGUUCGAUAGAAUUCUUUGCGUAUCAAGUCCUGUGGUACACACAUAAAAACGCACAAGUUGUAACAAGUCUGCAAACAAGUUGUUACAAGUCUGUUCACAAGCUGUCGACAAGUUGUGUUCGCACUGCUUGUUCCCAGUUUGUUGUAACAAGUUUUAAACAAGCUGUUAACAACUUGUAACAAGCUUGAUGGCAUUAUCAGCCUUGUUAUAAGACUGUGCUAACAAGUUUGUUACAGCCAUGAUAUAACAAGGAUGUUACAAGGUUGUCAACACAAAGUUGUUAAAAUCUUGUUAUAUCAAGCAUGUAACGGACUUGUCAGAACAACCUUGCAACAACUCUGAUAAUUUCGACAAGGUUGUUGCAAGUUGUCAACAAGUUGUUCCAAACCUGUUGACAACUUGUGACAAGCAGUGCGAAUAUAUCUUGUUGACGGCUUGUUGGCAGACUUGUUACAAGAUGUGAGAUUUUGUGCGUGUGUAAUACGAGAACGGUUGGUUGGGAUGUUAGCGACGGUCCAUUAUUUAUGGGGGGGGGGGACAUCGAAGAGAAUAAACAAAAUUUUGAGAAAGGUUGGGUAGAUGAAAAAUAAAACAAGUCAAGGGUUGGGUAACAAAAAAUUAUUGUCAUUUCCAAAGCAGGACUUACUCACGAAAUACUGAAGACUAAAACCAAUGUCAAAAGUCAUUUGUCAAUACAAUAUGUUCCAAAGAGUUGACCUCAAAAACGAUUGGAAGUUUCCAGUUUGCGGCCUGCUGUGAACGUCAAUCUUAACUUCUCUCGGAGUGCGAAAAGUUUGGGCUUUCACCCUUUUCAGAGCCGACUUCAAAGUCGAGAGAUUUCGUAGUUGAGACAUAAGAUAAAGCUAGUACGCUUUAAUAAGCUUGCUUUUAUUACAACUCACAAUAUUUACAUUCAACGACAUUACCAAUAUUUCAUUACUAUAACUAUGUAAGUUUUUGAAAUUUUAUCAAUAAAGUUUUAGAUGGCCAGUGACUUGAUUCAUGUCAUCAAUUGGACCUG